AGUCUUAUCGAUGGGUUUGACCAUAUAAAUAAUAGCUGUAAUCUUAUUUUCAUCUUUUAUUUGUAUUUACCAAGAUGGAUACUUUAGGAAUAAUGGAAAAAUUGUUGUUGAAGCUGUGUGUUUUGGUGCUUCUUCAUCUUUUUCAACGAACUGAUUCUCAUUACAUGGUUGACUAUCUUCCUGGUUUACCGGGUCGCCUCCCGUUCUAUCUAGAAACCGGGUAUGUUGGAAUUGGUAAAGAUGAAGAGGUGCAACUUUUCUACUAUUUUUUGCAAUCAGAAUCUAACCAUACUACUGAUCCUCUUUUGAUUUGGCUAUCUGGUGGCCCUGGUUGUUCCUCUGUCAUUGCCAUUGUGAAUGAAAUAGUUUAUAAUCUCCAUUAUGAUACCACAACCUCAUCACCUGCUUAA